CGCCUCGCGGAGUUGGGAGAAGGCCGGCUUGGGGGGGGGGGUGUGGAAAAAUAAAAGGAAAAGUCCCCGCACCAUGUAACUCCGCGCCCCGCCUCGGCGCCCCCGCCGCCCGGGGCUCCCCAUCCGCGGCAAUGAACGCGAGCAGCGAGGCCGAGGGCUUCCCGGGCUCGGUGCAAAUUCCAGGUGCCACAACGGUGCUGGUUGAGCUCACUCCCGACAUCCACAUCUGUGGCAUCUGCAAGCAGCAGUUUAACAACCUGGAUGCCUUUGUAGCUCACAAGCAAAGUGGCUGCCAGCUGACUAGCACGCCCGGGGCAGCCCCCAGCACAGUCCAGUUUGUGUCGGAGGAGACAGUGCCUGCCACCCAGACUCAGACCACCACCAGAACCAUCACCUCGGAAACCCAGACCAUCACAGUUUCAGCUCCAGAAUUUGUAUUUGAACAUGGCUAUCAAACUUACCUACCCACGGAAAGCAACGAAAACCAGACAGCCACUGUCAUCUCUCUCCCUGCCAAGUCACGCACCAAAAAGCCAGCAGCCCCACCUGCUCAGAAAAGGCUUACCUGUUGCUAUCCAGGUUGCCAAUUCAAGACUGCUUAUGGCAUGAAGGACAUGGAGCGGCAUUUAAAAAUUCACACAGGAGACAAACCCCAUAAGUGUGAAGUCUGUGGCAAGUGCUUCAGCCGGAAGGAUAAACUGAAGACGCACAUGCGAUGCCACACCGGUGUUAAGCCCUACAAGUGCAAAACGUGUGACUACGCUGCGGCCGACAGCAGCAGCCUUAACAAGCACCUGCGGAUCCAUUCCGACGAGCGGCCCUUCAAGUGCCAGAUCUGCCCCUACGCCAGCCGCAACUCCAGCCAGCUCACCGUCCACCUCCGCUCCCACACGGGGGAUGCCCCCUUCCAGUGCUGGCUCUGUAGCGCCAAGUUCAAAAUCAGCUCGGACUUGAAAAGGCACAUGCGCGUGCACUCGGGGGAGAAGCCUUUCAAAUGUGAGUUCUGCAAUGUCCGAUGCACCAUGAAAGGGAACCUCAAGUCGCACAUCCGCAUCAAGCACAGUGGGAACAACUUCAAGUGUCCGCACUGCGACUUCCUGGGCGACAGCAAGGCCACGCUGCGGAAACACAGCCGGGUGCACCAGUCGGAGCACCCGGAGAAGUGCUCCGAGUGCAGCUACUCGUGCUCCAGCAAGGCGGCCCUGCGCGUGCACGAGCGCAUCCAUUGUACCGACCGCCCCUUCAAGUGCAGCUACUGCAGCUUCGACACCAAGCAGCCCAGCAACCUGAGCAAGCACAUGAAGAAGUUCCACGGGGACAUGGUCAAGACCGAGGCCUUGGAGAGGAAGGACACGGCCAGACAGAGCAGCCGCCAGGUGGCCAAGCUGGACGCCAAGAAGACUUUUCACUGUGAUAUAUGCGACGCCUCGUUCAUGCGGGAGGAUUCGCUCCGCAGCCACAAGAGGCAGCACAGUGAAUACAGUGAGAACAAGAACCCGGAUGUGACGGUGCUGCAGUUCCAGAUCGAGCCAGGCAAGCAGCCCGCCGCGCCCAUCGCCGUAGGCCAUCUCCAGGUGCCUCUCCAGCCCAACCCGGUGCCCCCGUUCAGCGACGGGAGAGUCAAAAUCAUCGUGGGGCAUCAGCUGCCCCAGACCAACACCAUCGUCCAGGCCGCCGCCGCCGCCACCGCAGUGAACAUCGUGCCCCCCGCCCUGGUGGCUCAGAGCGCAGAGGACCUCCCGGGGAACAGCCGGCUGCAGAUCCUGCGCCAGGUCAGCCUGAUCGCCCCUCCUCAGGCCUCGGGGUGUCCGAGCGAGGCGGCAGCCAUGGCCCAGCCGACUGUGCUGCUGACCACGCACGAGCAGGCGGAAGGAGCCGCGCUGCACCAGACUCUGAUCCCCGCAGCCCCCGGCGGCGCCCCGGAAGGUUCCGGCAACCAGACUUUCAUCACCAGCUCGGGCAUUACUUGCACGGACUUUGAAGGCCUUAACGCUCUGAUCCAGGAGGGGGCAGCGGAAGUGACGGUGGUGAGCGAUGGGGGUCAGAGCAUUGCUGUGGCCACCACAGCGCCCCCUAUAUUCUCCUCCUCUUCCCAGCAAGAGCUCCCCAAGCAGACUUACUCCAUCAUUCAAGGGGCGGCCCACCCUGCUCUGCUCUGUCCAGCCGACUCCAUACCAGACUAGCGCUUGAAAAGAAACAGGAAUGGGCGCGAAGCAGAGCCGAGCAAAGACACCCUGAGUAGAAUUGUC